ACUUUUUUUUAAGUAUUUACACAAUUUCUUGGCUAUUUACAAUAAAUAAUUGAGAAAAUAAUAAUAUACGUUAUUUACAUUUACAUAUAUUUUAUUGCAAAAUGAUAGUUGUCUUACAAGAAAAAUGCAAUUACCAGUCUUCCUUGUUACACAGUCUAUGGACUAUGACAUGACCUAUGUUGAACCUAAGUACAGUUGAUUUAAAGAUCAAUAGAUUAAUUUUUAUUCAGUUGUCACUUGUUUUAAAUUAUAUAGUUUAUAUUUUAUCACUUAACAUAGACAGGAUAUUCAAAAGUUGAUAAAAAAUACAUAUAAUUGAUUUUAAAUACUACUAUAAAAAUAUAUUUCCUCAUUGCUAAUUUCUAUCAUAGAACCUUCUAUCAAUAUAUUGUCGUUUUUAUUAAUAGCCACCAUGUAUUUAUAACAUUUAUAUUUUAUUUUUACCAGAAUAUUUUUCAAAAAAAAAAAAAUGUUGAUUAAUUUUUGAAGAUCAAUAAAGCUAUUGUCAUUUCAAAAUUGUUAACCUAAAAGGAUUAAGAAGAUCGAAUAAAUGGUAGACUAAUCCAUAGAGGUGAAUUAGUGAAAUUGUUAAUAAUGUUUAAGCUCAGUUGUUAUGUUGAUGACGACUUGGAUGAGUCUACAUCUAAUGAAAAUAAACAUCAAAUAGUCAAAGCAGAAGAAUUAAUUAAUCGUAAUAGAUUGGUCAACUUGCCAUUCACAGAAUUGAUUAUUGGAGAUACAUCUUUAAAACUGUUUCAUGAAUUUCCCAAUAUACACAAUUCGGAUCUCAUUCCUGGCACUUAUGAAGGAGGAUUUAAACUUUGGGAAUGUACUCUUGACCUUUUAGAAUAUCUAAGAAAUAACACCAUUUUUUGUGAAGAAAAAUCUGUCUUGGAUUUAGGCUGUGGUACUGGCCUUUUGGGUAUUUUUACAUUGAUUUCUGGAGCUCGGAAUGUUGAUUUUCAAGAUUUUAAUAAAGAAGUAUUACUCAAUACAACUAUGUAUAAUGUAUUAUUAAAUUCUAACGAAAGUUUAGAAGUUUGCAAGUACUAUUCAGGCGAUUGGGAAUCGUUUUCUGUAUUUAAUGAAGAUACAUAUGAUCUAAUUUUGACAUCAGAAACUAUAUAUAAUGUAAACAAUUAUACAAAGCUUAUAAAUUUAUUUGAAAAAAAAUUAAAACUAUCAGGAAGUAUUUUGUUAAUUGCCAAAAAUUACUAUUUUGGUGUAGGUGGUUCAAUUACUGAGUUUUUAAAUUGUUUAAAAUCUUCUAAACUGAAUGCUGAUGUUGUUUGGACUAGUACAGAAGGAGUAAAAAAAACUUUGCUUAAUAUUCAUUUUUAAUUGCAUAGUUUUAAAUAAUAUAAGAAAUAAUGAUUAUAUCAUGACAUUGUUUUUAAAUUUAUCAUAAUUAACGUUUAACUAUAUUAUGUAAAUGGUAAUUAAUAAAAAUUGUAUUUAUUUAAAUGUAAUAUUAUUUUAUAAUAUUAAUACAUUAUUCAUUAUUAUUUUGUACCUAGUGAUAGUUUUAAGUAUCCCCUAUUCAUCAAUUUGAAAAAUAUUCAACUAUACUCCGGUCAUCAAGCGAGCAUAUCUGGGCGGCAACCAAAAUUUGUCUAUUCUCGUGCAUUCACACGCGAUUACGUAGUAGAAUGGGGGAUAUUUGCGUACGAAACUGUGGAGCUCAAUCAUUUGGAUAUGCGAAGGGAUAGCGCUCUCUCAGUGGCCUGAGUAUAGGAAAAUAGUCUUAAGUGAUUAUACAUUUAAAUUGCUUAGUAUUUUCCCAUAGUAUAAAGAAAAACUACUAAUAGUUUGAAAAAAGCAAUAUUGAAUCUUAGUAAAUGUAAUUUAAUUUUAAUUUAUCUUAAUGAAUUAAGUUUUUUUACUCUUAAAAAAUUAUUUUAUUAAUUAAUAAUUUAAAUAAAAAAAUGUAUUUUGAGUAAGUGCUAAACAUAUUUUUGUA